CAUGUCAGUAAGUUCACUGGAGCUGGAGAAAUCAAAAUGCGUUUUUCCCUCGUAAGAAAAGGACGUUUUGCUUUAGUUGAUUUCAGAAGAACGCUCUCUACCCUAAUAUCGUUUGACGAAGUCCAUGUUCGUGACAAGUUCAAAGCUCUAGGAAGCGGCGAUGUUACGGUAACUAAACUGCGGGGAAACCAGCAAGGAAUUGCAGUAAUAACACUCAUGAAUCCCGAGCGUAAAAAUGCGUUGACAGGCUAUAUGAUGGUGAAACUAGCCGAGGCUGUUGACGAACUUGAACAGUGGCAAGAUGGCAAAGCUCUUGUUUUACGUGGCAGUGAAGGAUAUUUUUGUUCGGGAGGUGAUUUAAGUGUUGUUAAGGCGAUCAAUACCCCGGAAGAAGGGAACAUCAUGUGUGCCUUCAUGCAAAGAACGCUUAGUCGGCUGGGAAGGCUUCCCCUUAUCAGCGUGGCUGCAGUUGAAGGAAGAGCAUUAGGCGGAGGGGCUGAGGUGAGUGUAGAAAUUAAUACCAUACAUGCAAGACAUGCCAGAGACAGAGUCAGGGGCGGGGUGCCGUGGUCCACCUACCCUUACCCCAUUUACAAUCCACCCUUUCUUCAAUAGCCCAGAUACCCCUGCCUUCUUUAACUUGGACACAGACUUUGUAUCUGUUUGAGAGAGUAGCAUCCCUCCAAGUAAAGUCUCUGGAUCUAUCCUUCCUUGAAGGGGCCCAUCAAACAGACCAGUUAACUCCCAUGUAUUUGGGUCACAGUAUUUCCAUAGAUCAGUUUGUCCGCAAUUUUCACUGAUUAGCCAUAUCCUGAUUAGGUGCCUCUCAAUCUUCAAAGAUGAGAAUCGUGUAGGAAAAAUCCAAGGAAGAUUCAUUAGCCGACGAAUUGGGCAGCUACACCCACAGGCAUAGGCUGCGUCACAGAUGUAAUCUAAACCUGGCAAUAACAUCUGCAAAACAGCACCUAGAUCCCUAUUGUAGACCCCAAAGGAAUCAACAAAUUACAAGGGUUUCAAAUUUUCCUUUAACCUGAUUGGCCAAUCAAACAAUGGCUUCUUUAACAGGCCAAUCAUGGCAUGUAUUCAAAUCCUGUUACACAGCUGGGGACUCUGAACAAGGAUUUUGGCACUGUCUAGCAGACAGACUUACCGGUAACUGGAAGUUAGGUUUUGUCUGUGGUGCCAGCUGCCACUCAGGCAUUACAAGUCAUAGUAAUUAUCCUAUUGUUUUUUCACAUCAUAGCUGGCAGUAGCCUGUGAUUUCCGUCUCAUGUCUAAAAGUGCAGAGAUCAGAUUUGUGCAAGUGAAGAUGGGCCUGACACCAGGGUGGGGUGGGGGAACUCGCCUUGUAAGGUUACUAGGUAAACAACAAGCACUACAGCUACUAGGAAAAGGACAGAAAGUAGACCUGUCGUAUGGACAGCAGUUAGGUCUAGUUGAUGGUGAGCUGCCAACAAACAAGGUCAGACUUUGUUUAUUGCCUAAGAUAAUAAGUCAAUCGAUGUGAAGGAACUUUUACAAGAACUCUAAAUGUCCAAAGUUUUCACUACUAUAAUUUGUUUAUAUUAGAAGAGUGCACAACGUUUAUAAGGAGGGGAAAUGUGGAAGUUUAGUUUGAGAGUACACAGUUUAUUUCCACUUGAAGGCAGGUACUGUGCUCAGACUACACUGGUGCCAGUACCUGGGUCUGGACUUCUAAUGAAACUCCUGUAUGUCAUGGCAAGAUAGAAGAUAUUGGGUGCAAAAAUUUGUAAUUUUGUAAUUUGUUUACCCACAGAGUACUUAAGAGUUCUUACGAACUCACUUGAACGUGUUCGUGCAUUCCAGAUCAAAUUGGAAUUUGGAAGUGUUGGUUUUUGAGGAGAGGAGAAAACGGGACAUACACUACCCAGAGAAAACCUCUCAGAGCAAGGGAGAGGACCAACAACAAACUUGACCCACAUUAGACGUUGGUGCUGGGAUUUGAACCCAGUUCUCCCAUUGUCACAUGAACACAUAUCUAGUUAUCACCUUUAUUUUUCUUUGUGAUGUUUACAUCAAAAGAAUAGGAGGCCAAGUAGACAAAAUAAAUCAUUGAAACAAGUAGUUAAGAUUGUUGUCAACAUAGCAGGUUAAGUAAAUCCUAAUAGUUAAUUGGCAGGAGGCAGUCAUGUUAGAUCUUUAUAAAGUGAUUAAAAAAACCCUUGUGAUUUCUGAGAAAUAGAUCGCCUUCUCUACAACUGUUACUAACCACUGUAAACCCAACUGUUUACUGACUGUAAUUUUAUGUGCUGUCGCAACUCUUCACUGUCACUGAAAAAGAAGAAGGUUGCCUCUCGAAACUAAAAAGGUGGGUUUCUUUCUCUUUCCUGUUUUUUUUUCUAGGGUGUAGUGACAAGUUGCUGUGAUUGGUUGUCAGAGUUCCUUGAGGCAGACGCCUCUGUUCUUAGAGGAAUCAAGGGUGUGGUUUCUGCUGGAGAUCAUUUAGGAAAUCAAGACGAACUAGAUAAGGAAAGGCAAGUCCAUUGUUCCCUUGAGUUAUAGCCAGGGUUAGUUGUGGAAACUUGUGUAAACCAACACUCAAAGUGCUAGGCUGUAGUGGUCAUUUAGACAAGGUGGUCACUAGCGAGAGUCAAACUGGAGGAGAUCUCUACCUUGGAACAGGUCUAAUUAUUGUUUUGUGGUUUUGUGGCUGGCUGGCAUAUCCUGACCUUUGCUGUGAUUGGACUUAACAUAACUAACAUUUGGAUUCCUCAAAUGUUUUGGGUGUUCAUGGUUUUCUUAGUGUGUCAGUAAAGUUGUCACUUCAUGAAGGCAAGUAACUAAGAAAUCCUAUUGUUUUGAUUGAUGGCUGUUGGAUAUAAAGUGACAACAAUCCCACAAACUUUGCAAUGCUAAAAUAAUGCAAAAUUUUAUCACCAAUACAAGGAAAUAAUUAUGUAUUGUUUAUCAGGUUACCCAUGACAGUCACAUAAAUUAUAAAUAAUGGAGACUUUGCGGCUUUCGACUCUUGACUGGUUUAAAUGAUCAUCUAAAAGAAGGGAGGGGAAGAUACAGUAAGCUGAUUUACAUGUACCAGGCAAUUCAACCAAUUGAUUCAGAUCCAUUUUCAUUGUUUCACAGGUCAAUUUUUACAUCUGUAUGGGGAGCUGAAGCAAACAAGCAAGCUUUAGAACAAUCCAUGAAA